UCAUCAAUAUCAUAUUCAUACUGGAUAGAGGGAUAAUUUCGGGAAGGUAUUUUAUGUUGAAAAGAAAGAAACGCAACGGGCACUAAGACCGCGGUGUCGUAUAUCUCAUUGACAGCUUCCUGGUUCCACAAUACAGGCUGACCGGCAGGAAACUACCGGUGCAAACCCGAGACUCUGGGCCCGGUUGACACGGAUAGAUGAUGUCGAGCAGCCCUGUGUUGAUGCGACUGGUGGCUUCUGCCUAUGCUGUGGGGGAGAAAGCUGGAGCUAUCAUCAGGAAAGUGCUUCAUAGUGGAGAGCUCGGGAUUGUGGAGAAGACAGGAGCCAAUGAUCUACAGACACUGGCUGACAGGCUAGUGCAGAAGAGUAUAUGUACAUCUCUGUCAAGAAGCUUCCCUAAAGUCACAAUUAUUGGGGAGGAGGAUUUACCUGUUGAAGCUGUUGAAGAGGACCUGAUAGAGAGCGGGCAGAACAGUGUAAUCUUACAAAAGUCCUGUCCUGUUCAGUAUGCCAGCCUGAAGGAGGAAGAGCUGGUUGUGUGGGUGGACCCUCUUGAUGGCACUAAAGAAUAUACUGAAGGACUUCUGGACCAUGUGACAGUGCUGAUAGGCAUUGCUUAUGGUGGGACAGCCAUUGCUGGAGUCAUCAAUCAACCCUUCCACAACUACCAGGUGGGGGCUGGUGCUACUUUGGGCAGGACGUUAUGGGGAGUUUUGGGUUUGGGCGCAUUUGGGUUCCAACUCCAUCAGGUCCCAGAUGGUAAAAGAAUCGUCACCACCACACGAUCCCAUAGCAAUAAACUAGUGACUGACACGAUCCAAGCCAUGGAGCCUCAUGAUGUCAUCAGAGUGGGAGGAGCUGGGAAUAAGAUCAUCCAGUUGGUGGAAGGAAAGGCCUCUGCUUAUGUUUUCGCCAGUCCGGGUUGUAAGAAGUGGGACACGUGUGCACCUGAGGCAAUUCUGCAUGCAGUUGGAGGUAAACUGACAGACAUGCAUGGUAAUGCAUAUAGAUAUGAUGCAGAUGUGAAGCACAUGAACUCUGCUGGUGUGCUGGCGACACUACGGGAUCAUCAGUAUUAUUUAAGCAGAGUACCACAGGCUGUAAAAGAAUCUCUUUCCUCUGACUGAACCAUUCCAGGAUAUGGAUUCCUACUCUGAAGCAUUGUGCCUUAAUGCAGUGUGUUCCUGCCAUAAAAUGUUGAUUGAUGUAACAACAAAGAUGAUUAUAUUCAAAUUCCUAAACUUUGUAAUUCUUUUAUAAUUACUUACAUUUAUCACAGUUAAGAUUAAUAAGAGGGAAUUAUAUCAUUACUACAUCCACAACAUGUUUUGAUCUAUUUGCAUUAGAGGACCAAAUACAUAUUUUUAUGUUUCCAAUACUUGAUAUAAUAUAUAGAGCAUAUAACUGACAUAACUGUUAACAUUUUAUAUAUUUGUAUACACACAUCUUAAUGACUAUAUUAUAAUGGUUAUAACUGUUGAAACUUUGUUGUCUGAUGCAAUUCCAUGUUUUUUCAUAGUUAUUUGGCUGUCCCCUGAUAUUAUAAGUAUCAUGCAAGUGUAAUAACAGUAGUAAGAAAAAGAACAUGAACCCUAUGGAGUUAGCUGUUUUUCUGCGUUCAUUUUACAUUUAUGCAUUUGGCAGACACUUUUAUCCAAAGCGACAUACAGUACCCUUAUUACAGGGACAAUCCCCCUGGAGCAACCUGGAGUUAAGUGCCUUGCUUAAGAACACAAUGGUGGUGGCUGUAAUACCAACAACAACAACUUGAACCAACAACCUUUUGUUUACCAGUUCAGUGCUUUAGUCCACUACGCCACCACCACACUAAUUGGUCAUCAAAUGUGAUCUCAUCUUCAUCAAAGUCACAAGUAUAGACAAACACAAUGUGCUUAAGCUUACAACACACAAACAAUUAUAAUCUUUCGUGUCUUUAUUGAACACAUCCCAUUAAACAUUCACAGUGUUGUGGAAAAUGUAAGUGAACCCUUGGAUUUAAUAACUGGUUGAUCCUCCUUUGGCAGCAAUAACCUCAACCAAGAAUUUCUGAUAGCUGCGUAUUAGACCUGCACAACAUUCAGAAGGAAUUUCGCACCAUUCUUCCUUCAAGAACUGCUUCAUCUCAGCCAUAUUCUUAGGGUGUCUGGUGUAAACGGCUCUCUUGAGGUCAUUCCACAGCAUCUUUAUUGGGUUAAGGUCUGGGCUUUGACUGGACCACUCCAAAAGGUGGAUUUUCUUUUUUUGAAGCCAUUCUGUAGUGGAUUUACUUAAAUGUUUAGGGUCAUUGUCCUGCUGCACCACCCAAAUGCUACUGAGCUUAUGCUGGCACACAGCCACCCUUACAUUAUCCUGUAGGAUAUCUUGAUAAACAUGGGAAAUAAUUUUUCCCCUUGAUGAUGGCAGUCAGUCCAGGCCAAGAAGCAGCCCCAUAUCAUGAUGCUCCCUCCACCGUACUUUACCAUUGGGAUGUUUUCAUGUUGGUAUGCGGUGCCCUUUUUAUGCCAUGCGUAGUGCUGAGUGUUCUUUCCCAUCAGUCCACAAAACAUUUUCCCAGUGCCGUUGUGGAGUGUCAAGGUCGUCUUUAGCAAAUUUUAGGCACGCAGCAAUUUUUGUUGGAAAGUAGCGGCUUCCUUCGUGGUGUCCUGCCAUGGAUACCAUGCCUUUUUGAUGUUUGCCGUAUAGUAGAUUCAUGAACAGAGAUGUUAACCAGUUCCAAUGAUUCCCUCAAGUCUUUAGCUGUCACUCUUGUUUUGAGUACCAAGCUAACAACAAGGUAUUAUUAUUGAAAUUAUUUUGGAAGUUAUUGUAUUGAAAGUUGUAUCAGGGAAGUCUGUACCACCCUGGUGCUGUGUAAUCCUUUUUUUUUUUUUUUUUUUAUGCUUUUUGACAGUUCUGCCUCUCAAACCAUAACCAAAAUAUUAUAAUACAAAAAAAUGCUCUAAUAAAAUUACAUAAUGUUGCUGCAAUGAUAUAGCAACGUUAUUAAUUGCGUUUCUAAGACUUGUAACAACCAUGAAAAAGGUGUGCGCUCUAACACAUCCGAGUAUUAAGGAAAGAAGUAACAGUGCUGAUGUGAAUACCAAUACUGUCAUCUAGUGCACUGUAUUAUUGCAACAUUCAGACUUGAUUAUUAAUAUUUAAAUAGGUUGUGGUGAAUGGCAGCUGAAAUUAUAAAAACAUACAUUACAUGUGUAAGAAAGAAUCAUCAAUGCAGGGACUAUCAGCUCUAGUUUGGAGUGAGAAUGUUUAGUUUUCUGUAUUAUGUGUAUGCACAGAGUAUGGUGCCAUAUAAUUAUUUGUUCAAACUGUAGCUGCUGUUCAGAUGGGAUGCUAUGGUUGCAAUAUUUUUUGUAAAAACUAAAUAAGAAUACCACUAUAUCUAUUCAUAAACAGUUUGAUUGAAAACAGGAGCAAAAAGUUUGAUAAAAAAAUCUUUAUUUAAAACUUAUACAAAUUAAUAUUAAAAGUGUCAAAACACACUUUUAUAAAUGUGCAAUGAAAACAUAAAAAGUGUUAAUUUUAUCAUUUUUAUUAGUGCGUGAUAUGGCAAAGGCUUACCUGUGGUCUUAUGCUGUCAGAAAGUAAUUGACAUCUUUGAUCAGCAGAUUCAGCUUGUGGGCAUUGUCAGAACAAAUGCAGAUGGUCUGUUCAGCGGUUCAGAAAUAUGAAGCACAAGCACUACUUUAGGCAUGUGACAUUUAGUCAGGACACAUUCUCCAACUUGACAAGUUGCAUCUGAACUGCCCUGACAUCUUGUUAUUUCACUUGUCACUUACCCUUCAAAUAAGAAUGAAACAAAAAUUAUAUUAGCAGCAAAAAAUCUUCAUUUUCUAUAUACUGGGAAACAUUGCUCUGCAAAAAUGUUUUUCUGAUGCUCUCCUUAGUCUUUUCAUCCAUGUGUGUGCAAGGGGAGUGAAAUAAAGUCCUUUCAACAGCCCCAGUUGCUAUAUUUCUGUAUGACUAUUAACUUCAAGACAAAAAGCAUUGUGCAACACAGUACAGCACUGAAAGAACCCAGUAUGUGGGUACUUGACAUUAAAUACUUCUGAAAGGCUGAUGUUCUGCGGUGUGAAUUUCAUUAUGAAUGCAGCCUUUAUUAACUCAUAUUGAGACUACAUGGGAUAUUUGUAAAAUAUGUGACAAAAUUAAUUUGUUACACUGCAGGACCAUAUAAAAUUAACUAGUGAAUGAGGAGAAGAAAAAAAAAAACACUUUCCAACCACUUUCCCUUAUUUAUAAACUUCAACCUAAAAUCUUGAUCAAAAAACAAUACAAUAGACAACAGGACUAUGGAGUUAUAUUUGUACCAUAAUUCUGCAUGCGCAAGGAGAGAGUGAGCGCACAAAAAGAUAUUUUUUGCAUGCAUAAAACUAUUUUGCACGAGCAUGAACAUAGUUAUGUAAUAGAAAUGUAUUGCCUCGCAAACAAGAAUUAAUUUUAUGCAAAUAAAAACUUCUGAAGGUGUUCUGAUGCUUACAAUGCACAGAAUUCUGAUAUCUCCGACUCCAAAUUAUUUCUUGCUUGUGCAAGAUCUGACUCUCUCUCUCUCCUCAUACCCGCUCUGUGUGCACCCAGGAUUUUAAGCCCCUUUCAGACAGAGAUAAAAGGAAAAAAAAAGAAAAGAAAAACUGGAAAAGUCAUUCUGGCCACAGUUAUGGAAUUGCAAUAUUUUAUUCAUUCACACUCCCAGAGCUUUCCCGUAAUCCGUGAAUAUAAAGAAGCAAGGGUUAGAGCACAGAGACACCACAAGAUGCCGAAAGAGACAGCUCUCUAUACUCUGCUUAUGCAACAGGGUGUUUCAGAGAGAAGUCUGUGGAGGAUAAAGAGACCUCAAGGGGCUGUGUUUUGGUCAGAUGUUCUCGAGAAAUUUAACGAUGAACAGUGGCAACAUCACUUUCGAAUGUCAUGAACAGUGUUGGGUAAGUUACUUUAAAAAAUAGUAAUCAACUAUAAAAUUACAAAUUAUUUCUCUAAAAUUGUAAUCAGAUUACUUUAUUAAUUACUUAAUUGAAAAAGUAAUCACAUUACUAAUUACAUUACUUUUAAGUUACUUUCUACAACACUUUUCCGCUCAACAAAUUUAAAAUAAUGUCUAUAUUGUUCAUAGUUACACAAAAGUCAUACACUUAGCACCUCACAUUUCUCCUGCACAAUGACUCUUUAUGGGGCCACAAUUCAUGUAUUGUACAUAAACAAUAUAUCAGAAGCAUGACCCUAUAAUGUACUUAAAAACAAUUAAUUUAAUUGAAAGUUAGUAAAUAAUAUGAUAAGAAUUUAAAAUGUAAUGCAUUGCACUAUUUUUUACUUAAAAGUAAUUAGAUGACUGUAACUAAUUACUUGUUAUUGGAUUACACUCAACACUGGUCACAAAACACAUUUGAGUUGGUACUGAAACUUGAGCAAAUACCGAGACGCAAGACCACAAACUGGCGAAAACCCCUUGAACCAUGGUGCAGAUUGGGUAUUGUUCUGUGUUGGUAUGUAUGCUACACCAGGCAAGUACCGUACAAUGAGUUUUUUUUCUCAUAAACAACUGCAUCGCCUACAGUACCACUAAGCUAACGGGUGAUUUCUUUGUCUGCGUGGAUGCAGACACUCCCUGGUCUCAUUUCACUCCAGGUCACAACCUAGUGUUCUUACGUUCUCGUGGACUCGUUCGAGGUCAUCAUCCAGAGCCGAAGUUCAAUUUCAAUAUUCAAGAAAGCAAGUACCAAGAACGCAUACAAUUAUCAAUUAUAAAAUUUUACGCAAGAACCCAUCUGAAGACCCAGAAGUCAUCUUUGCACUACGCUAGCAGACGAAGGACAUUUAUACAUUUUUCCCCUCAGAGUUUCCCGCUGUAGCAUGUGAUGUUAUACUCCGUCAACAUUUGUUGUUUUUUUGGGCUUCAUUUUAAUAAAAUAAUAAACACGUGGAGGAAACAAGAGCUAACAGGACUUUAUUCUUCCAACGUGUCACUAGUCCUGCAAAACCUCACUGGUGUGUGAUAAUGUAGUUCUCUCACUGGCUACAACUGUGCUGGGAUGGGCAGUUGCACAGCAGGAAUAUUGCAGUACAUCUCAAUGCUUGCAAUAGAUGGGUUCCUCGUUCGUUCUUUCAAGGUAGCUUGCAAGAAUGUUCUUCAUAAGAGUGCAAGUCUGUUCUCUGCAUUCUUAGCAUUGAGAAAAACGUAUAAUCUUUGUAAAAGCAACAUACUGAAGAUUUCAAGAUACCCCACUUUCAUAUGUAAACACAAGCUUUUGUAAUUUAAUAUCAAGUAUAGAAUAGAAUAAAAUAGAAUCAGAUCUGUUCAUUUAGGUAAUAUUUAUAAAACUCAACUCAUCUCUAUUUAUAAAAGGCAAAAGGCUGCCAGACGUCCCCGUUUUCCGGGUCCCGGUUUUUGGUGGUCUGUCCCCGGAAAUGUCCACGUUUUUCACGAGCGUUCAAAACAGCCCGCAUAGUGAAAUAUUACAUGGCAAGAAACUUAGCCCGAGCAGCAAAGCCUACUGUGUGCUGUUUAUUUUGACCAACAGAGGGGGCUCCUCGCUAUAGCAGCCUCAAUUCAUUUCAUCUUUCUUCACUGAUUACUUGGUAGCACACAUUCAGAUAAACUUCAAGCGCAAAAUCGAUUUUAUAUGCUCAAAACGUAUUCUUGUUUGCGAAAUAUUGCCUUAUAAAACGGCAAGUUCCGCACAUGCAAAAUACCUUCUUGCGCGCUCAAAAUAUCUUCUUGCAUGCAAAGAAUUGGCACAAAUAUAACGGCAUAUUGCGCAAAUUUAGAGUAUAAAAAGUGUCCAGCAGAGUGUCCAGCAGUAAAGUUUUGAGUAGAAGUAUGUACAAAUAAACUCAGCAAAAAAAAAAAAAAGAAACGUCUUCUCACUUUCAACUGCUUUUAUUUUCAGCAAACUUAACAUGUAUAAAUAUUUGUAUGAACGUAAAAAGAUUCAACAACUAAGACAUAAACUGAACAAGUUUCACAGACAUGUGAUUAACAGAAAUUGAAUAGUGUGUCCCUGAAUAAAGGGGGGCUCAAAAUCAAAAGUAACAGUCAGUAUCUGGUGUGGCCACCAGCUGCAUUAAGUACUGCAGUGCAUCUCCUCCUUAUGGACUGCACCAGAUUUGCCAGUUCUUGCUGUGAGAUGUUACCCCACUCUUCCACCAAGGCACUUGCAAGUUCCCAGACAUUUCUGGGGGGAAUGGCCCUAGCCCUCACCCUCCGAUCCAACAGGUCCCAGACCAACAGGUCCCAAUGCUCAAUGGGAUUGAGAUCCGGGCUCUUCGCUGGCCAUGGCAGAACACUGACAUUCCUGUCUUGCAGGAAAUCAUGCACAGAACGAGCAGUAUGGCUGGUGGCACUGUCAUGCUGGAGGGUCAUGUCAGGAUGAGCCUGUAGGAAGGGUACCACAUGAGGGAGGAGGAUGUCUUCCCUGUAACCCACAGUGUUGAGAUUGCCUGCAAUGACAACAAGCUCAGUCCGAUGAUGCUGUGACACACCGCCCCAGACCAUGACGGACCCUCCACCUCCAAAUCGAUCCCGCUCCAGAGUACAGGCCUCGGCGUAACGCUCAUUCCUUCAACGAUAAUCGCGUGUCCGACCAUCACCCCUGGUGAGACAAAACCGCGGCUCGUCAGUGAAGAGCACUUUUUGCCAGUACUGUCUGGUCCAGCAAAGGUGGGUUUGUGGCCUUAGGCGACGUUGUUGCCAGUGAUGUCUGGUAAGGACCUGCCUUACAACAGGCCUACAAGCCCUCAGUCCAGCCUCUCUCAGCCUAUUGCGGACAGUCUGAGCACUGAUGGAGGGAUUGUGCGUUCCUGGUGUAACUCGGGCAGUUGUUGUUGCCAUCCUGUACCUGUCCCGCAGGUGUGAUAUUCAGAUGUACCGAUCCUGUGCAGGUGUUGUUACACAUGGUCUGCCACUGUGAGGACGAUCAGCUGUCCUUCCUGUCUCCCUGUAGCGCUGUCUUAGGUGUCUCACAGUAAUGACAUUGCAAUUUAUUGCCCUGGCCACAUCUGCAGUCCUCAUGCCUCCAUGCAGCAUGCCUAAGGCAUGUUCAUGCAGAUGAGCAGGGGCCCUGGGCAUCUUUCUUUUCGUAUUUUUCAGAGUCAGUAGAAAGGUCUCUUUAGUGUCCUAAGUUUUUAUAACUGUGACCUUAAUUUCCUACCGUCUGUUAUCUGUUAGUGUCUUAACGACUGUUCCACAGGUGCAUGUUCAUUAAUUGUUUAUGGUUCAUUGAACAAGCAUAGAAAACAUUGUUUAAACCCUUUACAAUAAAGAUCUGUGAAUUUAUUUGGAUUUUUACAAAAUUAUCUUUAAAAUACAGUGUCCUGAAAAAAGGGACAUUUCUUUUUUUGCUGAGUUUAGUUAGAGUAUAAUUAAAGAUGUUAGACAACCUUUGGCAGUUGUUAGACAGUUCAAAAAAAUGUAUGUGUGCUAUAUGGGGAGAGACCAGAGUUACCUGCCAGUUAUUAAAAAAUAGGUAUUAACCUAAAUACAGACAUCUAAAAAAUGUACAUGUGCUAUAGGGGAAGAGACAAGAGUUACCUGCCAGUUAUUAAAAAAGAAAUUGGUAUUUAUUAUGGCAAAUAUAAUAUUGUAAAAAUAUCAAAAAUGUUUAAUACCCUUAAUACCCUUAGAUGGAAUCAUAAUCAGAGGGUAAAAAAAUCGGAGUCAGUAUUUAUUAUAUACUACACGACUUUCUGUGAAAUCUGUAAACCCCAACUGGCCCAAAAUCUGCAGAUUGGAGCCGACUAGCACCAACAGCAAAUUGGGGCUAAAAUUGGUGAUAAAAUCGUACAGUGUAGU